AUGGAGAAUAUAGAUUUUACACCUAACUCCCACCUAGCUGCAAUUUACUACAAUCAAGGCAAUUCAAAUCUGUUCAGAAUCAAUGUUGAUGUUACACUAGUUGAUCUGAAGAAUCAACUGACCGAACUCAGCUGCCGUCUCCACGGACUAGAUCAAAGAAGGGUGACGGAAGUAGUUUAUCGUCGUCCGUCAGUUUGCUCAGAUGGAAAGUUGUUAUUGACCAAGAUGAAACUUCACAACGACGAAGAUGUCAUAUCAAUGAUGUCUAUUUUUUCUCAAUUCAUGACAAAGGGACCGAUCGAGCUAGACGUUAAUUUGGUUAGAUCCGUGGAAGAUAUUUUGGCAAACAUGGUUGCACCCGGAGAUGGUGAAGUUGAAACAAUUAAUUUAGCCGAUGAUUUUUAA